AUGCCUGCCUUCGAGGACUCUGACUUCGGCGUGCCCGCCGCUCAGGCUACCCAGCACAGAGACUCUCAAGCUACUUUGAGCAUUCCCUCUGAUGCUAAUGGUACUCACAAUGCCAUUGAAGUCCCCGCUACACGAUCAUCUAUCUCUGAUGCUCAACAAUACAUGCACAACCUUUCCCUCUCCCCAUCAAUGAAGGAGCGUCGAGGAUCAAGAAACUCCUUUGGAGUUUCCCUCCCCAUCCCCCGCUCCAAGAGGCAGUCAAGGUUGUCCUCCGUCCACUACCCUGAUGGCAAGCCUGCUCGUCCUGGCAUGCCACCGAUCCAACCAUCCCGUGACAUCCUCGCCGCCCAAGUUCAGGAUCUCGCCCACGAGACUGUUCGUGCUGCCAAGGAUAUGGCCUUCGUCUUCGAUAUUGACGGUGUGCUCGUUCACGGAGACCGACUCAUCCCAGAGGGCAAGCGUGUCCUUGAGAUCUUGAACGGUGACAACCAGCUCGGUAUCAAGAUCCCCCACAUCUUCCUCACCAACGGAUCCGGAAAGCCCGAGGAGCCUCGCGUGCAGCAGCUCUCUGGCAUCCUGAAGAAUCCCAUCUCCACCGACCAAUUCAUCCAGUCCCACACUCCCAUGCGGGCUUUGUCCGAGUACUACAAGACCGUCCUCGUCGUUGGUGGUGAGGGCUACAAGUGCCGUGAGGUCGCUGAGCAAUACGGCUUCCAGGACAUCGUUGUCCCCAACGACAUCGUCGCCUGGGACCCUACCAUCGCACCCUACCGCGUCUUCACUGAGGAGGAGCGUGCCACCUCCCGCCCCCGCGACUUCUCCAAGACCAACAUCGAAGCCAUCAUGGUCUUCUCUGACAGCCGCGACUACGCAACCGAUAUGCAAAUCAUCAUGGAUCUCCUCCGCAGCGAGGACGGCCGUCUCGGCACCGUCGCCAAGGACCCCGUCUCCCAGCGCAUCCCCAUCUACUUCUCCCAGGGUGACAUGUUGUGCCCCACCGAGCACCCCAUUCCCCGCAUGAGCCAGGGAACCUUCCGCAUCGGUCUCGAGGCCAUGUACAAGGCCAUCACCGGUGCCGACCUCGAGCGUGUCGUCUACGGAAAGCCCGAGCUGGCCACCUACAAGUAUGCCGACGAGGUCAUCGCCAGCUGGAUGGAGCAGAUCCACAACGACGAGAAGCUGCCCAAGAACAUCUACAUGAUCGGCGACAACCCCGCAUCCGACAUCGUCGGCGGCAACAUGUACGGCUGGAACACCUGCCUCGUCCGCACCGGUGUCUUCCAGGGCGGCGACAACGACGAGGAGAACCCCGCCAGCUUCGGCGUCUUCAAGAACGUCCUCGAGGCCGUCACCACCGCCAUGAAGAAGGAGCUCGGCCAGGACUUCAAGUUCGAGUUCGACGAGAAGAUCAACCCCGUCCUCCACCACGACGUCUCUGCUGUCGAGUAG